CAGCACUACAGCAAGACAAUUAUGUCUCGAUUUCUAAUCCAGUUGGUGCUUCUACUUCCAACGUAAUCGCCCAUGAUGCAGGGAAAUGUGGCAGCAAGGGUAAUUUUUUAUGGGUUCGCCGUCUGCGGCAGAAAAGCCCAGGAGAUCCAACCGCAGACCAGGCUAUUGCAAUCUCAGCGUCUACGACAGAAAUGACGAACAUGAGAACGCAUUCUCUCAAUAUUCUCACCGACCCGAAGCAUUUCAUCGAUCUCAAGAUACCGGAUUGCCAUCUGGGUAUUAUAGAGAGCCGGGUCGAGGAGCCGCCCAGCCUCAGCUCAUCGGAAGUGUCGGCGGCCACUCCAUGUCCGCCGAGCACCCCAGAGACAGAACUGAGCGAGUUUCCCUUGGAAGACAGCCUGGCUCUCGCGACUUCAGCCGGGGCAGAGAGCAGGCCCACGGGUUGUGGACGCAGCACAAGCGCAGCUAUAGUGACCUCAUCCCAGUUAAGAUUGAAAGAGCUCAAGAAGAGUUUAUCCAAUCCUCACAUGUUGGUUCCAAGCCAGCCGGGGAUGUACCAGACCUCAAGGGUAAAAAUGUGGCACUUUCAGGACGAAUGGAAGUAAUAAACCGCGAGUCUGCCUCCACACCCAUCACCAUCACUACUGGCUACGAUCUCGAUCAGACGAGUUGCCCAUUCAAGCAGGAUCAUGUCAGUCACCUCGACCGGCAGGCAGACGAAGCGUUAAAGAAGCCUAUCACUACACUACCAACGCAAACACUGCAACAAGCACACAAUCGGAGUUGCGACGCGUCAGUAGCGACGCAGAAAACUACCACGAGAUAUUCCGAUCCAAGUACACCAUUGAAAAAAUUGCAGAAUCACGAGCACCAUCCCAAGACACAAAAGACCGAUUCAGCGUCCGACCCAGAUGUUCCACCGCGCAAGUCUUUUCUGCAAGAUUGCUCUCCAAAAACACCACGAAUGUGCCCCAGCCCCAAGGCAAUGGAGCAAGGAAACUGCAAAGACUCCAAACUCGAGAAUCUAAGAGCAGUAAAGUCCCACAAAGCCGAUCUACAUCACGUGUUCCAGCGCGAUCAGAGGGAGGCUGCAGUACAGGCCGCGGCUCGCACGGCAAUGUUGAGGUGCCCAGCCGCAGCCGAACACAGCCCUACCCAGACCCACGCUCAUAGAAAGAGCAGCAGUGCGAAAUCUCCGCACAAAAGUCUUUCGAAAGACAGAAGUACAGCCAGUCCCUGCAAGCAAGAGAACCAGCAACAGAAGUCUCCAAGCGCCGCCAGCGGAGGCAUCGACGGUCAUUCCAAAUCCUCAGACCUAAGCCAGAAAACCAACACUGACGCGGUCACUAUACCUUAUAUCAUACUCUAUUUGGUCAUUCAAAAUGUCUUGGAGAUAAGCUUCGCUUGGUGGUUUCUGGUAAGGCCAGCUUUCAAUAAGCAGAGCAGCUUGUGGAGAAGAAGACAGAAGGGCAUAAGCACACUAACAGACUUAGCGAUCUUCUUUUGUGCAGGACUGUUCUGCGUAAUUGGUACACUUAUUGCCUGGUGUGGCUUCAAGUUUCUCAACUGGUUGCACUUAUGAGGUUGCUUCCAAGGGUCAGCUCAAUAUUUGGCUCCGGUAGCGGCGACCUUGGCCCGGAUAUAGGGAGGUCGCAACCGGGGCCUGACGGAGCGAAUUCCGUCGACAGGACCGGUCUCCACACAGGAAACAUCGGCGGUCAACCGGCAAAGAUGCUAAGCCGUUUGCCCAUGUCUUGUUUCAUGCGGAUAUUAUGCUUUGAAAUUGCUGUAGCGUUCCACGCAUACUUAGGUCU